AUGCUGUCGAACGAUUGUUUUCAACCAAAGAUCAAUAAUCUACGUGUUGUUCUCAAUUGUUUUUAUGUUUAUUUGAUAUGUAAUGUAUUUCAAUAUGCAAAACAAGUUAUAUUUCAAUAUCCUUAUUCAACUUCAAAAUUAUCUCCUAGAAUAUAUAUGUCUAUUCGAAGUAUUGUUAGUGUUUUUUGUAUAUUAAUAUGUUCUAAUUUGAUUCUAUAUGCAUUAUGGUUUGAACAUGUUGGUCUAUUAUCAAUAUCUACAAUAUUAUUACUUGUACUUUUAAUAAUACGUUUUGUUUUUGAUAUAUAUGGAUAUAGUGUUGGUUAUUUUGAAUAUUCACUUUAUCCUCCAUUUGAUUUAAUUACAACAAAUAUAACAAAAAUAAAGAAAAAUAAAGAAAAACAAAUCAAAGAAGAAAUGACUGAUUUUAGUAUGGAAUUAAUUAUGAAUAUGAUUGGAAUUCUAUUAACAAUGUUUAUAAUUAUUCGUAUGAUAAUAAAAAAAUAUAAAAGACGACAAAUGGAAUUAGCAGCUUUAAGAAUUGAUGUUAUACGAAGAAUGACUGUAUAA